UUUCCCUAUCCGCUACCUCGUCGUUCACUUCAACAUGGCGGUUUCACCUUACGCCGCCGUUUCAACCCCUCGUGUUUGUUCUCCACCUAGUGUUUCCACUAAAAUCUACUCUGGAUUGAAACUCCAAUCUUCACGUUCUUUUGGAGCGUCUUCCGUUUCAUCUAGCGUAAAUGCUCAGUUUUUCGGUAAAGUUAACAAAGUUCUCAGUUUCCGGUAUGCUAACCAGAAGCCAGUUAGGGCACAAUUUCUAAUGAUGCCCAUUGGAACUCCUAGAGUACGCUAUAAAACACCUGGUGAAGAUUCUUGGCAAUGGAUUGAUUUAUGGAAUGCCCUUGUAAGUUGUUAUAUCUGA